AUCUUAAUCAACAAACCUGCUCAUACACUAUAUCACUAUACACCGAGUAGAUCACUAUAGGACGUCACCUCAUCUAUCGAUUGUAUUUUGUAAGGACGUAUUGAUUACGGAUAUGUACAAUUUGCUAUAGUCUGGGCGCACUAGGUACCUAGCUAUCCCACAGUGGGCUAGCUACCCAGCUCAGCUUCUUUACUGCCACUGCUGAUCGCAUCAUACACGCCGUAAUAGACCUUACCAGCGUGUCUUGGCUCAGAUCCAUCGCCUUCAAUCAACAGAUAUGGCUGGCCAAAGUCAGCUCUUAAAUGACGAGCAAACACCCCUGCUUCGUGGUGCCAGCAAUAACCAUGACCAGAGAGGAAGGGAUGUGACUGCCGAAGGAGACUUCGUUCAUCUCAACUAUCAGGUUAAAACCUGGAGGCGCCGCCGUUGGAUAUCACUCAUCGUCAGCGUUCUUCUCAUCCUCGCCUUCGUUGUAAUAUUAGUUCUUUCAGGAGUUCUCUCACGUGCUCGACGAAAGCCGAGCAUGAGUACCUCGCUGUGCCAGUCCGCGGCCUGCAUCCACGCAGCGUCCGAAAUUCUCUACAAUUUGUCUCCGGACUAUCAGAAAAUCGAUCCAUGCACUAACUUCGAUACUCUGGUUUGCGAUGGGUUCGGCAAUCGCCAUGACAUCCCGCAGGAUAAGACAUCUUAUUCCACGUCAACUAUCAUGUCUGAGAAUGGCCAAACCACACUCAGACACAUACUAGAAUCGCCGUAUCCUACGACUUCUGAGCAUUCCUCAUUCUCGCCCCGGAACCUUUUUACGCGAGCUGCUUCUACCGAUGAAGAAAACUUCCUCAUGAUUCAGAACGCUUACAAUUCUUGCUUGAAUGAAACUGUCCUCCAGAAAACGGGUGUCGCACCUCUGGUUGACUUAAUUGGCCAACUUGCUAAGUCUUUCCCUGUUGAUGAGGGCGAUUCUGCUACAGUACAGGAAUCGGAUUAUGUUACUCUUAGCGACACUAUUCUUUUCCUAGAAAAGAUAGGAGUAACAUCGUUUUUGGGACUUGGCGCAGGUGCUGACGACAAGAACCCGGAUGUCGUUAUUAUUCAAGCUUCUCCAGCAGGACUUUCGCUGCCCUCGCCGGAAUAUUACCAGGACAAUAAUACCGUGAGCUCGUACCAAGCUACGCUGGGAGAACUUUUCGCCACCUUCCUUCCUUCGAACUCUUCGAAGUCGGCGGCUAAGGAACUUGCGCAAUCUGUUGUGGACCUUGAGAAGAAGAUUGCAGCGAUAACACCACCUCCCGAGGACCAGUCGGAUGUUACUAAAUACUACAACAUCGUCAAGACCACAGACGCUGCAAAGAUUGGACCGGCCAUUGGUUUGGACUCCGUCCUUAAGGGUUUGGUUCCUGAGGAUUAUACAGGAGAUAGCCUGCUACUAGCAUUCCCGGAGUUUCUUGGCAACGUGUCCGAGAUCAUCUCUAACACAUCUAAGUCUACUGUGCAAAGUUACCUAGUCUGGCACUUAAUCAGUGCUUAUGCGGACUUUGUUGAGGGACCGGAGGUUGAGCCACUCAUUCGUUUCACCAAUGUACUAUCAGGAAAGGAUCCAGACACGAAGGCCGAGCGAUGGAAGACGUGCGUUAGCUACGUUGAUGGCACCCUUGGCUGGAUCCUCAGUCGAUUCUACAUCGAGGCUGCUUUCUCCGAUGAUGCUAAGAAGUACGGCGAUCAGAUCAUAACUGACAUCAAGCAUCAAUUCAUCUCGAAACUGAAUGGUUUGAGCUGGAUGGAUGACUCAGUUAAGAAGCUGGCUGCGAACAAGGUCAACAACAUCGACCAGAAGAUUGGAUUCCCCACGGCUUCUCCGAACAUCACAAACCCAAAUGCCCUAAAGUCUUAUUACAGUGGCUUGACUAUUACCGACUCGUAUUUCAACAACACCGUAUCAAGCAAUACUCGCGAAGUAAACAGAACUUGGUCGACUCUUGGAAAACCCGUUGACCAUGGUGAAUGGGGCAUGCAAGCUGACAUUGUCAACGCUUAUUACAACCCCGUAGGUAACGAGAUCGUCUUCCCAGCCGGCAUCAUGCAGUUCCCCGUCUUCGAACUGGACCUACCUAGCUAUGUGUCUUACGGCGCUUUUGCAUCCGUUGCCGGCCACGAAUUAUCCCACGCCUUCGACAACUCAGGCCGCCACUAUGAUGAGCACGGCAACUUCACCGACUGGUGGACGGAGAACACGGUAAAGGAGUUCGACACAAGAGCCAAUUGCUUCGUGGACCAGUACAGCAACUUCACCGUUGAGGGUACUAAUGGCGAUACCCUGCACGUCAACGGCAAGCUCACCUUAGGCGAGAACAUUGCUGAUGCUGGUGGUGUAUCGGCCGCCUUCGCCGCAUGGAAGAACCGCACCGAAUCGAACCCCGAUCAAAGCUUGCCCGGCCUUGAUUUCUUCACUCACGAGCAGCUUUUCUUCGUCUUCUAUGGUAACUGGUGGUGCGGCAAGACCCGCAAGGAGAACGCCGUCCAGCGUAUUUACACGGAUCCCCACUCACCCGCUUUCGCUCGUAUUUUAGGUACUACAGCAAACUCUAGGGCGUUCAGGGAGAGCUUCAAGUGCCCUGCCAAGGAGCCCACUUGUGAGUUGUGGUAAACAUGGGUUUGAGCGAGUAGGAUCAUAAUGGUGUUUGUAUACUAAGAAAUUGGAAUCUUUUGUUGUUAGGUAUAUGAAUGAAUAGGUAAUCAAGCGCCCACAUAUUUAGCUACUAUAAGGUGCUUUCUAAGUAUGUGUUUAAUAAGAACUUCAAAUAUAUUUUAACCUAUUACGUAUCCAUAACUCGUAGAUAGCUUAUACGUACCUUAUAGACACAGCGAUUAACAUCGUGAAUACAAGAUUAUAUCAGCUUACUUAGAAAUGGG